AGGAGGAGGAGAGCCGGCGGAAGCGCCUCCUCGCGCGGCCCUCAAGUCGCCUCAGCCGGGCGGGCGGGGAGCAUGAAAGUUCCGCCUGGGCCUCAGCUCCGGCGAGGCGCUUCUUCCCGCCGCUUCCUGCUUCCCACAAGGCUCGGAAGGAGCGGCCGAGCUCGGCCCUUACGCGGAGGGGCGUCCCGCUGAGAGGGAGGGAGGCGGCCAGGCUCCUUCGGGCCCUUCCUUUCCUCAGCAAGCCCUUUGCCUCUUUCCAGAGAGAGGCUGAGUUGUGGAGGGAACACCGAGAAGGAAGGAGACAGCAGCGCGCCCGUCUGUCGCCCCUCCUCAGAAACAAAACCUUCCAUUCAAAACUCCCUUUCACCCUCCUCCCUUUAACCCUUUUGUAUUUUUGGCAACUCAGGAUGACUUAGUGUUCUUCUUGCAGGCCUUUUGUCCUUUGGGAGGCUUUUGUUUAUAUCACCUUUUUCUGCUGGGCGGAUUUUUCUUCUUUCCCUGGAGAACUUUUCUCACUGCAGUUUGGAAUAGACACUACUUUAGUUGAAAUAAAUAAGGAGUGGUACAAAGUGGGAUUCUGGCCUCUAAACAAAAGAUGGAGCAUGGCAAAAUGGAUUACUUUUGCGAUCAGGUGCAACAGAAAGAUGUGGGCCGCAGGAUGCAGGUCGGGCAGGAGUUUCUGGAGUAUCUGAGCGACCCCAGCGUCUCUACAGAUCUGGAGCAGGAUCAGCAACGCCUUGACAAAGUGAUUGAUGAAUUAACAGGAUGGGUAAACUCCAGCAAUUACAAGGUAUCAUUGCUUGGAAUUGAUCUUCUAGGUGCCUUUGUGGACAGACUGUUGGGACGCUUCAAAUCCUAUUUAUCAACUGUUGUUAUAGUGUUGGUAGAUCGAAUGGGAGAUGCCAAAGACCAGGUUCGAGAACAAGCACAGAAUCUUGCACUGAAGUUAAUGGAUCAAGCAGCUCAACCAAUGUUCGUUUGGGACCGUCUUAGUGCUGGCUUUAAACACAAAAACUAUCGUUCACGUGAAGGAGUGUGUCUGUGUCUUGUUGCAACAUUAAAUGUCUAUGGUGCACAGUCAUUAACUCUCAACAAACUGGUACCACACUUAUGCAUAUUGUUUGGAGACUCCAAUAGCCAGGUGAGAGAUGCUGCAAUAUUGGCAAUUGUGGAGAUUUAUAGACACGUAGGAGAAAAAGUAAGAGCUGACCUCAACAAAAGGGGUCUUCCCGCUGCAAGGUUACAAACGAUAUUUAUGAAAUUUGAUGAAGUGAGAAACUGUGGCAACAUGAUUUCAAGCAACUUCAGUGAUAAAAGCUUUGAUGAUGAGGAAUCAGUGGAUGGAAAUAGGCCAUCUUCAGCUGCCUCAGCUUUCAAGGUUCCUGCACCUAAAAAACCUGGAAACCCAUCAAAUGCAUCAAGAAAACCAGGUUCUGCUGGUGGGCCUAAGGUUGGAGGUCCCACAAAGGAAGGAGGUGCUGGAGCCGUUGAUGAAGAUGAUUUCAUAAAAGCCUUUACAGAUGUUCCUACUGUGCAGAUCUAUUCAGCUCGUGAACUUGAAGAAACAUUAAAUAAAAUCAGGGAAAUCCUGUCAGAUGAUAAACAUGACUGGGAUCAACGAGCCAAUGCACUCAAGAAGGUCCGGUCAUUACUUGUUGCUGGGGCUGCACAAUAUGAUUGCUUUUUCCAGCAUUUACGACUAUUGGAUGGAGCAUUUAAAUUAUCAGCCAAGGAUCUUAGGUCACAGGUGGUUCGAGAAGCAUGCAUUACAGUAGCACAUCUUUCAACAGUUCUAGGAAACAAAUUUGAUCAUGGCGCAGAAGCCAUUGUGCCUACUCUGUUUAAUCUGGUUCCUAAUAGCGCCAAAGUUAUGGCUACUUCUGGGUGUGCAGCCAUUAGAUUUAUUAUUCGUCAUACCCAUGUGCCCCGACUCAUACCUUUAAUAACCAGCAACUGUACCUCAAAAUCUGUUGCAGUCAGGAGGCGUUCGUUUGAAUUUCUAGACUUGUUGUUGCAAGAGUGGCAAACUCACUCUUUAGAAAGGCAUGCAGCUGUCCUUGUUGAAACUAUUAAAAAGGGUGUUCAUGAUGCCGAUGCUGAAGCACGAGUGGAGGCAAGAAAGACAUAUUUAGGUCUAAGAAGCCAUUUCCCAGGUGAAGCAGAGGUACUUUAUAAUAGUCUUGAACCCUCCUAUCAAAGAAGUCUCCAGACCUAUUUAAAGAAUUCUGGUAGCAUUGCAUCACUUCCACAGUCAGACAGAUCGUCCUCCAGUUCACAGGAAAGCCUCAAUCGUCCUAUCUCGUCAAAAUGGUCCACGUCCAGUUCGAGUAUGGCUGGCAGAGUUCCAGGGAGCACCAAGACGGUCCCAAGCCCAGGAACGCUACAGAGGUCUCGCAGUGACAUCGAUGUUAAUGCUGCUGCUGGUGCAAAAGCACGGCAUGCCAUUGGCCAGCCGGGAGGAGCUGGCCGCUUUGCUGCAGCGGGUCUACCUCCAGGAUCGUAUGCAUCACUAGAGGAUACUUCUGACAAGAUGGAUGGAACAGCUUCUGAAGAUGGACGUGUAAGAACCAAGCUUUCAACAGCCUCUAUUGGUCUGGGAAACUCAAAGACAGAUUCCAGAGGCCGUAGUCGAACAAAAGUUGUUUCUCAGUCUCAGCGUUCAUCAUCGCCAGACAAAAAUGAAGCUGGCAGCCGUUCCGGUUCUCCUGGAAGAGUCUUGACCACAACUACCCUCUCCACUUUGAACACUGGGGUUCAGAGAGUGCUAGUCAGCCCUGCAACUGCACAGAAGCGGAGCAAGAUUCCUCGUAGCCAAGGAUGCAGCAGAGAAGCCAGUCCUUCCAGAUUGUCAGUUGCGCGAGGUAGUCGUAUUCCUCGACCUAGUGUGAGUCAGGGAUGCAGUCGGGAAGCCAGCCGUGAAAGUAGCAGGGAUACAAGCCCUGUCCGUUCUUUUGCACCCCUUGCUUCCAGGCAUCACUCCAGAUCUACUGGUGCUCUCUACUCGCCAGAUGUUUAUGGGGCCACAGGUACCGGUUUUGGAAUAAGUCAGUCAAGCCGAUUGUCUUCGUCAGUUAGUGCUAUGCGGGUUUUGAAUACGGGCUCAGAUGUGGAAGAAGCAGUGGCAGAUGCUUUGCUGUUAGGAGACAUGCGGACUAAGAAAAAACCAGUGCGAAGGAGAUACGAAUCCUAUGGCAUGUAUUCCGAUGAUGAUGCCAACAGUGAUGCUUCUAGUGCCUGCUCAGAAAGGUCAUAUAGUUCUCGGAAUGGCACCAUACCCACCUAUAUGCGACAGACCGAAGAUGUGGCAGAAGUUCUGAAUCGCUGUGCCAGCUCCAACUGGUCAGAAAGAAAAGAAGGCCUUCUGGGGCUACAGAAUUUAUUAAAAAAUCAGAGAACUUUAAGUCGUGUCGAAUUAAAAAGAUUGUGUGAAAUCUUCACAAGAAUGUUUGCUGAUCCUCAUAGUAAGGUGUUCAGCAUGUUUUUAGAAACCUUGGUAGACUUCAUCCAAGUCCAUAAAGAAGAUCUACAGGAUUGGUUAUUUGUGUUGCUGACACAGCUAUUGAAAAAAAUGGGCGCUGACUUGUUGGGGUCUGUGCAAGCAAAGGUUCAAAAGGCACUUGAUAUAACAAGGGAAUCUUUUCCAAAUGAUCUCCAGUUUAGUAUUUUAAUGAGGUUUACAGUUGAUCAGACCCAGACACCUAGCUUAAAGACAGUCAAGCCAGCACUGCAGGACCAGCUUCGCUCUUUUUGGAGCUCCAAGGUAAAAGUUGGCAUUCUUAAAUACAUAGAGACUCUUGCACAGCAGAUGGACCCAGGAGAUUUUGUAAAUUCAAGUGAAACCCGUCUGGCAGUCUCUCGAAUUAUCACUUGGACAACAGAACCUAAAAGUUCGGAUGUUAGAAAGGCUGCACAGUCAGUGCUGAUUUCUCUUUUUGAACUAAAUACCCCAGAGUUUACAAUGUUGCUAGGUGCUUUACCAAAAACUUUUCAGGAUGGUGCCACAAAGCUGCUUCACAAUCACCUCCGGAAUACAGGAAAUGGUGGCCAGAGUUCAAUGGGAAGCCCCUUAACAAGGCCUGUUCCACGCUCACCAGCCAGUUGGUCUAGUCCCAUCACUUCCCCAACGAAUACAUCCCAAAAUACUUUGUCACCAAGUGCAUUUGAUUAUGACACAGAAAACAUGAAUUCAGAAGAUAUUUAUAGUUCUCUCCGCGGAGUGACGGAAGCCAUUCAGAACUUUAGCUUCCGCAGUCAAGAAGAUAUGAAUGAGCCAAUAAAACGAGAUUCCAAAAAGGAGGAUGUCGAUUCAAUUUGCAGUGGGUCUGGAAUAGUGGAUCUGCGAGCAGGAGGUGGGUCCGCUGAUACAGGCCGAACAGCUCUUGACAACAAAACCUCAUUACUUAACACAAUGCCUCCUCAUUCUUCCCCACGGUCACGUGAAUAUAAUCCAUACAAUUACUCAGAUAGUGUUGGUUCUUUUAAUAAAUCAGCUUUGAAAGAGGCCAUGUUUGAUGAUGAUGCAGAACAGUUUCCUGAUGAACCCCCCCUGGAUCAUUCCGACCUGGUUGCAGAAUUGCUGAAGGAAUUAUCAAACCAUAAUGAGAGAGUUGAAGAAAGAAAAGCUGCUCUGUAUGAACUAAUGAAACUGACUCAAGAAGAGUCAUUUGGUGUUUGGGAUGAACACUUCAAAACAAUUCUCCUCCUAUUACUUGAAACCCUUGGGGACAAAGAGCAUGCAAUUAGAGCACUGGCAUUGAAAGUCUUAAGAGAGAUUUUAAGGCAUCAACCAGCAAGAUUUAGAAACUAUGCAGAGCUCACGAUCAUGAAGACUCUAGAAGCUCACAAGGAUCCUCACAAGGAGGUGGUCAGAUCAGCUGAGGAAGCUGCUACGAUGCUUGCCACAUCCAUUAGUCCUGAUCAGUGCAUCAAAGUACUUUGUCCCAUUAUUCAAACAGCCGAUUACCCUAUAAAUCUGGCUGCAAUCAAAAUGCAGACUAAAGUGAUAGAGAGAGUAUCUAAAGAAACACUUGCUCAGCUCUUGCCAGAAAUAGUACCAGGUCUAAUACAGGGCUAUGAUAACUCGGAAAGCAGCGUUCGGAAGGCUUGCGUCUUCUGUCUUGUAGCCAUUCAUGCAGUGAUUGGGGAUGAGCUAAAACCACAUCUCAGCCAACUCACUGGCAGCAAAAUGAAGUUGUUGAAUCUCUACAUCAAACGUGCCCAAACAGGAUCUGGAGCAGGCGAUGCAUCCGCAGACGUUCCUGGACAAAGCUAGUGAUGCUUCUGCCCGCAUGAUAGGUCAUAAGAAGAAAACUCACAUCAGUAAAAGGAAAAGUCUCAAACACACAUUUUGGAACUCUUCAUUUUUGUUGGGGUGGGGUUUUUUCUGUUUUGUUUUUUCCCCCUUGAUGGAGGGCUACUCUCAGCCUGCAUGUGACUGUUGCAAUUAUUACAUAUCCAAAGGAGAAAACAGUAUUAAUAUUCCUUGAUUGAAAGAGAAUACAUUUUUAAAAUCUAAUCCAUCCUGUUUUCUGUUCAAACUACUCUGCGUAUCCCAUUGAUUUUUUUAUCAGUGUUACUGUACAUUUUUUCUUUUUUUAAAAAAAAACUAAUUAAACGGGAAUGCUUUAAGCUUUAAAAGCUAAAAUCUAAAUUUCUUUGUUUUCAUUCACCGGCAAAGUAACACAACUCCUAAUCACUGUUCUUGUUAAAGUACCUUUUUGCUGGGACACAUGAAGUGGUAGGACAGAACAAAGCUGGACUGGUCCGAAUGCAGCUAGGUUAGACCAUUGUACUGGAUAAUAUGCAUUGUGAUAUGGAAGUCUUGACUCGCAUAAUUGAGUCCUGAAGCCAAGCAGUGCUCAUGAAAACUGGAUUGAUCUAGCUCUGUAAAAGUUGUUAUGGUUCACUGUUGAAUAUAUUUGCUCCAUAAAGAAAACAAAUCAUUGUGAACUAGGAGGAUUGGUCUGGGUGUGGGAUUCAUUCGUAUGGGAGUCGUUCAAUUCAUAACGUGACGUUUCUGGAACGAAGAUUGUGUGACACUCUGCUUUUCCAGCAGUGGUUAAGCAAAGUCCGUUAAUGGAUAUGAAUCCUCCUUGUCACAUUGUCAAGCAGGAUGCUUCAGAGUACAGCGCUCUGCACAAGCAUGCUCAGUAUGUAUUUAUCUUUAUCACUAGAAUGUUACCUCUCAAACUAAUUACUGGAACUGGUAGUUCUAUCAUUUUAACUCUCAUAGGGAUAUAUAUAUAUGACAGCACUUCAGAAAAAAAACUUCAGCAAUUACUUUUUGCAAGAAUUAGGGUUUCUGCACUGAUUUGGGGGGAGGGGGGGCCUCCAGGAAGACUCACAAGCACUAGAGACCUUUGACACCAUGGGUUUUGCAUUUUAAUUUCAACGGAUGGGAAAUGGCACCAACUAUUGCAUGGUUAUCUUGAACUGGUGUCAUCCAUACCAUCCAGAAUGAGAUGUGGAAAUGUUUUCAGGUUGUUUCUGUAUCUUUUAAAAACUUUAUUGUGAAUAAUGAAUGCAUCUUUGUAUUUAUGGACUCCAGAACUGAAAGAGAGAAUGAAAAUCCAGUAGAUGCCCCCAAAAACUUCUGUUUCUCCGAUGUAAACAUCAGGCUUCUGUACUGAGAGAGGAGUGACAUCAAUUCAGCACCCUUCUCACAAUGGCUAGAACCUAGAUUUUGUGACCAUAGUUGCAUCAUCUAGUUUUAGGAAUUGUGUAUUUGCAAGAGAGAAGAUGAUAGCAGUGCCAAGGAUUACUUUUUUCUCUGCUAGGCUCAGUUUCUCUCUACCUCUUCAGGGUGAAUACUUUUGACUAAGCUGCUACCCAUUAUGUCUUGUGGAAAAACUUAUCUAUAGAAAUAUUUUUUUAUUUUAUUUUGGUUCCUUUUGCUGUUGCGUAUUCAAAGCCCAGUUCUUUCACAUGCAGCCAAAUAUCAUUUUUAAAAAAAAUAAAAAUAAAAACUUUACUGCUAAUUACCUUAUAAGACGAAUUAAAAAUUACAUUUAAAUAAUUUAAUAAGUUACUUGGACUUGGAUCAGAGAAAGAUAAGAUGUGAUUAUUGAAGAAGAGAUGUGUUGUUGCAGAAAACUGUUUAUUGGGGAAAUAUUUUAGAAAUAUAUGUAAAAAUAACCCUAACAAUUGCAUUAUUCAUCACUUGCUUUUUAGCAGCUGAAUCAGGAAAAUAGCCUCCCCUUCCUCAUUCCCAUAUGUGUAACAUUCUUGUUUUCUACUGUUCUAUUACAUUGUGUAUUUAUAGUUCUCUGCUUAUCAUUGUGCAUAUACAGGCAAUAAAAUGUACAUAACAUUACUUGAAAAAUUAA